AUGGAGAGAAGAAAAUUAAGGGCACUUGUAAUGACUGUGGUGGUCUUGGGAAUUCUUGUAGGGCAGUCCACAGCCACUUUCAAGGACUGCUAUGCCAAGUGCUUCCUUUUCUGUAUGAUUGAACCUUCUCAAAAUCUUUGUUCCUGCACCACCCACUGCUUAAAAGAGUGCAUAUUUCCUGAUAACCCUCAACCUCAACAUGUUAAUGCAGAUAGCCAUGGCUUCUGCAAGCUUGGUUGUGCCUACUCCUCAUGCUCCAAUAUGAGCACCAAACAUGACCCUAAUGGAAAGGUGGUGGAAAACUGUGUCGGAUCCUGCUCAAAGAUGUGCACCAAGAACUACUUAUCACCCUAAGCAACUAAAAUUGUGUUGUGUUCACUGGCUGCCAUUAUAUUCAUUAGAGGUCCUUUCUCUGUUUCUGUUUCUUUCUUUGUUUUUUGUUUUUCCUUUGGAAAGAAAGAGGGAGUUUGUGUUUGUGUGUUGUUGUGGGGGGAGGAGGGACUUCAUAGUGUGAAUGCAGAGGACUGCUGAUCAGAUGAGCAUUUCCUUUUUAGGUCAAUUUUUUUUCUCUUUUUUUUUUUGUGGUAUAUUUUCCUUUUCUUAAAUUAUGUAUUAAGAUGUCAUGGGUGC